AUGCAACCCGACUUCAAUGUCGCGGAGCUCUUCAAGCCCCAGUGGAUGUACAAGGACAAGUCCAUCCGCCAGAUCUUCGACAAAUUGGCCCACUCGUCGAUCAUGAAGCUCAACGAGACGUCCAUGUCCAAGCUCUACUCCUUGAUGGUCAUGGGCGUCAAGUACCAGCUCCUCCGCUGCGUGUCCCCGAAGCGGUUCUACGACGUCACGAUCCAGCACCUGAGCGAGCUCCGGUCCAUGUGCGACUCGAAGCUCACGGACGAGCUUCUGGACGACACGGUCGCGCGCUGCGAGCGGACCUACGGCCGCUUCACCUUUGGCGACUGGAUCCUCUGCAAGCAGCAGCUCGUCCAGUUCUUCCAGGGCCGCAAGGUCCGCGUGUCCCUCUUCCUCCAGCAGCAGUUCCAGGCGACGGACGGCACGCUGAGCCUCGACCCCGGCGGCGCGUUGCCGGAGGGCGCGGACGCGCCGGGCACGCUGCGCCGCUUCCGGCCCGGCUCGCGCUCGCCCGCGACGGAGCGGCUCACGCACCCGCUCCUCGCGGCCUGCGCGUCCGCCGCCGAGGACCACGGCGUCGCCGCGGCCCGGGCCCUCGGGUCCAACAUGUACACGCGCGCCGCGGAAUCCGGCGCGCGCGCGAACCGGCCGCCCGAGGCCAAGGCCGAGGCGAAGCGGGGCCCCGACGCCAAGGGCGGCGGCGGCGCGGCGUCGCCGGGCCGCCGCGAGUCGACGGCGCGCGCCGAGCUCACGCUCCUCGCGGGCCUCGUCAGCGACGACAAGGCCGAAAGCGGAAACACGUUCCGCCUCGCGCUCUUCGACGGCGACGACGACGACGCCGCGCCGCCGCCGGGGCCGGACGGCUUCGUCGACGCCAUGAUCACCCUCGACGGCAACGCCCAGCGCAAGUCCGCGGCCCAGCGCAUGGACGAGCUCGGCCUCGACGACAAGGACGACAAGCAAAGCGCCGGCGCGAAGCUCGACCUCGACGACGGCGACGACCUCCUCGACCUCAUGGACUCGGCCAAGUGA